GAACAUUGUAGCAGAAAAAAAAAAAAAAAGGCUUCGGAGAGUAUUGGUGAUCUACCGGAUGUGUGAUUCUGUUGGAUAAAUGACGUCAUCACCCUUACCGAACAUGUCCAGAUGACUGAUUUCAUUUGGAUAGAAUCUGAAAACAUUCAUUUUGGAGAGUAUUGGCGGUGUGUGAUUCUGGUGGAUAAAGGACGUCAUCACCAUACCGAUGACUGAUUUUAUUUGGAUAGAAUCUGAAAACAUUCAUUUUGGAGAGUAUUGGUGGUCUACCGGAUGUGUGAUUCUGUUGGAUAAAUGACGUCAUCACCCUACCGAACAUGUCCAGAUGACUGAUUUCAUUUGGAUAGAAUCUGAAAACAUUCAUUUUGGAGAGUAUUGGUGGUCUACCGGAUGUGUGAUUCUGUUGGAUAAAUGACGUCAUCACCCUAACCGAACAUGUCCAGAUGACUGAUUUUAUUUGGAUAGAGUCUGAAAAGAUUCUGUGGAGACUAGCGCUGUGGAUAGUUGUUUUUUUUCUGCUAAGGAAACGUAAUGGAUAUAGUCACAUCGCAAAGAAGAGUCCAAGCAGACCCGAGGACCGCUGAGGGCUGUGGUCUAUUCAGUCAGCCCGCUGAAUGGAAGGGCAUGGGUCCCAGUGGCUCCUCUAAGCCACCGUCCAUCGCCAUAUCUUCGUGUUUUGGCUAUUUUCUGUUUUUUGUGUGGGCAUUCUUGAUCUCAAUAUCAGUGGAGGCCAUGCAGACGGCUCUACGAGACGGUUGUGGCACAGAGUCCUGCUCCAUUAUUUAUGUAGACCACAAGACUGGCAUCGACGAUCACGAGGUCCUGUGCCGACUGGUGCGCACGUUCAACAACUGUCUUCUGCAGAACGCCAACAACUGUGAUGGCUAUCUGAUGUACAAAGCUCUUCGUAAGUACGCCGACUCUGAAGGAGACAAAUACAAUUGUAAUAAAAGCGACACCAGAGUGGAGCCCAUCAGCAAAGGGCCCGACCCUGUGCCGGCCCUCUGCGACUACCCGAGCCACGACCCUUCUUUCAAACUGUGUGUUUUGUUCGGGGACCCCCACUUGAAGACUUUUAAUGAGGAGUUCCAGACUUGUAAGGUCAAGGGGACGUGGCCAUUGCUGGAUAAUGAUUACCUGACCAUCCAGGUGACCAACAACGAAGUGGAGGGAACUCUGGAGGCUACUGCAAUCAGCAAGUUGACUGUUAUUGUGAAAGGAAACCCAGAAUGUACAUCUAAAGACUUCCAAACCUAUCUGGCUUUUACCAAUUCAUUACCUGGCACAUUUGAAGAUGGAAGAGUGGUGGUUGGGAAGUACAACAGCCUUGAACUGAUUGAAGUUGACCCCGGGCGUCAUGUUGAGAUUCACAUCCGCUACAUUAAGACGACGGUUGUCAUUCGUCAGAUUGGACGUUACUUCACGUUUUCAAUCAACAUGCCAGAGAAACUGAUCAGUCAGGGGAUCAAGUCAGAUGGCCUUGACCUCUGUGUCCGAGGCUGUCCCCAAUCUGAGCUCAUCAACUAUAAAGAAGUCCUGGCAAAGCAAAAGUUCUGCAACAUACUGGCCACCGAGCCUGCCCAAGCAGACGGCACUCUAGUGCAGCCAGUGUCAAGGCCUCAGAUUCCAAGGUCUAAGGCUGAGGAGAUUUGCAAGUCUGCCAAACUGGUGGGCUUCUUCUUUGAGUCGUGUGUAUUUGACUUGGUGACAACUGGUGACCAGAACUUUGCUUCGGCUGCUGUCAGUGCUGUUCAGGAUGCUGUCCAUCUUCAGCCAUCCUUGGCCAAUAACAUGUCCAACAGGACAUCACUGGACACUUAUGACCGUAUGUAUGGGACAUAUGACUGCAACAAUUCAAGCUGCAUUCAGUCCAACACACUACCUCAUCAUUACUUUUUCAUUGUUCUCCUGUGUGUCUUGACACGCUUGCUGUGUACCAGGUGAGGUCCAGCACGUCUUAUGUGUACAGAUUUUUUUGGCAUAAUGAAAUGUGUAAAUGUGUACAAAGAUAUUAUUUCAAGCAGCGAGGUGGACCUCUUUGAACUGAGCGUGUUGACCUUAAGGUGUUCUUUAAAUAAUGUGCCAUUGGAAUUUCAAGGAGGCUUUCCCAAGAGGAGUAAACUUCAUGUUUAAAGACCCCAUUUUUUUUAAGUGGAUAUUUUUAUAAGCUACAUCUUUUACAAAUCCAAAAAAUAAUUUUAGUUAGUCUUUGUGUUUUUUAAGGUACAAAAAUAAAACAUAACGUUUUUUAAAAUGACAUAUCGUUGGUCUGAUUUGGCCAAGAAAUCCACCGACAGUCCCAAAUGACAGAAUGGAGUCUCUAAAUUGUGCCAGCAGUAUGUGUGAGUACCUGGCACAGUGCCAGCGGUGUGUGUGCUGUUAUGAGAGCUUAUGAAUGGACCUUGUCUGGAGUAUAAUGUAUAAAAAUGAAAUUAACUUUUUUUUUGUCUGUGAUGCAAAACAAAUAAUUAUUAUUGUGUUUAAAUUGAUUUGAAAAUAUAUAUAUAGAUAUAUAUAUAUAUUUCCCUUGUUUUAAUGUUCCAUUUUCGACAUCCUUUGGUCGGCUGAUGUAGACCUAAUUGUUUGACUGAGGUCAACCAUAUUUGGUUAUGAUCAUAUUGGUCUAACUGUUGUUCAUAUAUCUCCUCUCCCUAUUUAUAUAUAUAUAUAUAUCCAUGCACUACUGUACAUGUUAAUAUGUGUUAAUACAUUUAAGACAAAUGUUAACAGCCAAAAUAAGUUACUUUUUGUACUGUUCAGUGACUUCCCUUUAUUCAGUGUUUGUAAACACUGGUACAAUGUUAAAAAACCCUGUUGAAAAUGUAAAACGUACGACAAAUCCUAGACCACAAUUAUAAUCACCAUUUGGAUUUAAUUUUCUCAAGUCAUGUUCCUUCUGUAAGUCAAAACACUUGUUUGAUGCUGGCCUUUCACUCAUCAAUUCCUUCCAUCAGUUUCUUUGUGAAGAUUCUUCUCCCCACAGCCUUGAUCAAAGUUUUUGUUCUCCUCCAAGCAUGGCUAAGCUGGUUAAGUCUUGUGAAGUUCAGCCUUCUUGCAAGUAGUGAACAGGAUCAUGCCACGUUUUUGCUCAAAUCCACGUGAAACUAAGUGCUGAACUUCUACAUUUGAGAUUUAAUUUUAUUCCCAAGAUGCACCUGAGACAUUGGUUGUCUUAGUAUAGUUGAUAUAUAAUACAUUAGUUUGUUGAAGGAAAGAAUUACUCAAAAUCGUUUAUGCCACUGGGAUAAAGUUCUCAUGAAUUUGACUGUCAUGUCAUUGAUGCCUUCAAAAUACAGGUAUCUCUAAAAAAUCGAAUUGACACAUUAACAACUGUUACAUCAUUGGCAUGGAACAAUUCUAUUAUUAGAACUAAUUUAUUUUAUCACUAUGCAAUGUGAAAUGUUUCCUUUGAAAAAAAUGUUUUAUUUUUAGAACACUUCCAAUGAAGCAACUGUUAGAUUAACAUUAUAGUGUGGUUAGAAAGUAAGGUGAAAGGUGAAGGGUUAGGUUUAAAACUAUAGAAAAUUAAGGACCAAAGGAAUAAAUAUAACAAUAAAGAUUGACUUAAUGGCUAAUUACAACUUAACACUCCCCACUUGGCUUACACAAUUUUGUAAGUAGGGCCGCAACUGUGAUCUUCAUUUCAAAAUGCUUCUUUCUUGGUUAGAUUAAGAAGUAUGAUCAUCUUAGGAAGUAGUGGAUCAUUGGUAUGCUUCUUUCAUUCUUUUGAGUUCCUCUUGAUUCAGAUUUGUUUCUUGCCUUUUUAUGAAAUCCAUAUUUUUGAACUGUUGAUGUGUUAUUUGUGUUAUUCAAAUCAUUUUUAGAAAUUUAGUUGUGAUACAGCAGGUCAGAGUGACAUUCUAUGGGUUAGUAACACCAGUCAAAACUUUCUCAAGUGUAGCAUUUGACUUCAUUGGCCAAGUUAUUGUUUAUGCCUUGGACCCUGAAAUAUUGGUAUUAAGUGAAUUACCAUGCAAAGCUAAAUAAAACAUUCAUUCAUUGAAAUCUAUAAUGUAAUGUCUGAAAUGUAUGAAUUUCUUAUUGUAUAUGUUAUUGUAAAAACUAAAUUUUUGUAUGUAAAGUGCAUUGUUAGAUAUGUGUUGAAUAAGUCUACACUAGUAGAAAAUAGGUUUGUUUUAUUGUUAGCCUGCUCACUAGUUCCACAAUUAUUCUCUCAAUAGCCCAAUCAACAAAACAUGCACACGUUUUUUUUUACACACUUUUAUUGUCCUUACUUUCUGUUGAAUAGUUGUGUGUUUACUGUAGCAAUGAUUUAUUGAGCAGAGGGCCAGUAUAAAACUUGUAUUCAUAGUAUUCUAGUGUAGGAAUGACUUGUACACGAGUGAAUGGGUGCUUGCCAACUUUGAAUCAAUUUAACGCUGUGUGGGUGACUAUGCUGAUAAUGUUAGGCAGCUGCUAGAAUGAUGGUUGUUUGUUAAUAGUAACACUUCUCAAUCCCUUCACAGAAAUGUCAAAAUGUCAAGAUAGUUUCCCAAGUAAUGCCACAAUUCGUUUUAGGUUUAUGUGAUAUAGACACUUUUUAAAAAAACUUUUACAAUAUAUUCAUAAAUAACAAAAUACAGGUAGCUUUUAAUGGAACAAGUUUUUAACAUUCAACUUUUUGUUUCGUUUCUUUAUUGCUUCUGUUAUCUUGUAGUGUUAAAUGUGGAUUAAUGGAGAUAUCAGCCAACUUUUUGAUUUUUUUUAGCCCAUAUGGGUUUUGUCAUAAUUGGCUGGGUAGUACAUCACCAUCACCUUAGUUUAAAACUAUCACAAUGACCUGACAGUGGUUAUUUCUGGUGAUAGUCUGAUUAGCUUUGCCAGUUCUGAAGUGUGAUCUAUUUUUAGAAUUUGUCACUAUUUUGUUACAGAUUGAAAAAAAAAAGUUCUUGUAAAACUCUGUGGUUUCAUAAUGCAUCCCUGUCUGUUCCGACUACAGUUUUGCAGAAUGAGGUCAUUAAAGUCCACAUUUUUUAUGUCAUCUGUCAUCGCCUAUUGUCAAUUUACCCUCACUUCCUGUACAUGUCAUCUAUUAUCACCUAAUGGAAUCAUUGUGAUAGAAAAUAUUCAUCUAUAGAUUUGUUCAAACACAAGUUUCUGCUUUUACUAGCUGCUGUGACAUGUGUGUUUAGUGUGUUAGACUUGAAGGUGUGUAAUAUUUUAGUGUGUAUGAUGUUAUCUGUGUUAGACUGGUGUGUGAUGUUAUGUGUGUUAGACUGGUGUGUAAUGUGUUAGACUGGUGUGUAAUGUGUUAAACUGGUGUGUAAUGUGUUAGACUGGUGUGUAAUGUGUUAGACUGAUGUGUAAUGUGUUAAACUGUGUGUGAUGUGUUAGUAAACUGAGUGCUUGGAUGAAGUCUGUGUCAUGCAAGUUGAUCACAUGGUCUUCUUUCUUUUGUUUUGUUUUUCUUUUGGUUUUGUUUUUUUGAAAAAUCCAGAUUAAUUUAAAAUUCUUUUUAUUUUGCAAAAGAAUUGAUAUUAAAAAAAAAAGAUUUGAUUAUAUUUUA